AUCCAAAAACUGGUGGUGCAUUGCAAAAAUAAUUUGGGUUUUUUUUUCAAUAGUUUUCCUGCAAAAACGAGUUAAAUGUGAGAAAACUUGAGUGAAAUAGUUAGAUUAUAGUUCCAUCUGCAUCGCCCCAAUGGCCGAUGUUCGCGAUAUCCUCGACCUGGAACGCCCGGCCACGCCGGAGCUGACCAAGGAAUCGCUACUGGCGAAGAACAAGAAAAUUUAUGAAAAAAAGCUCGCCGUAAAACGCCCCGAGGGCAUGCACCGGGAGGUGUUUGCCCUGCUGUACAAUGACAACAAAGAUGCGCCGCCGCUGCUGCCCACCGACACCGGAACCGGUUACAAACAAACCAAAGCCCGACUGGGUAUGAAAAAGGUUCGCCGCUGGCAGUGGGCUCCGUUUUCGAAUCCGGCCCGGUCGGAUGGAGCGGUAUUUCAUCACUGGAAGCGUUGCUCGGAUGAGCCGAAGGAGUAUCCCUUUGCCAAGUUUAACAAGCAGUUGGAGAUUCCCAGCUACAAUAUGACUGAGUACAACACGCACCUGAAGACAAAUCCGACAAAGUGGUCGAAGCCCCAGACGGACCACUUGUUUGAUCUGGCCAAACGGUUUGAUGUGAGGUUCAUUAUCAUGGCAGAUAGAUGGGACCGAGCGAAUUACGGCAGUAAAACGGUAGAAGAUCUGAAGGAACGGUAUUACGAGGUGAUUGGCCUUUUGAACAAGGUUCGAGGAACACCGGAAAAGAAGAUUUACGUGUUUGAUGCGGAACACGAGCGCAGGAGAAAGGAGCAGCUAAAGAAGCUGUUCGAUCGUAACGCGAAGCAGAUCGAGGAAGAACAGUCGCUUCUGAAUGAGCUGAAGAAGAUCGAAGCUCGCAAGAAGGAACGCGAGCGAAAGACGCAGGACUUGCAAAAGUUAAUUUCCCAAGCGGAUCAACAGCAGGCAGAACUUCAGCAACAGCAUGCCACCAGUUCCCAUAAGAAACACGACAAGAAGCUCAAAAAGAAGAUCCAACAACAGCCGCGUCCUUCGAAGGUUGAUUCAGUCGUCAAUGCCGUUGAAUCCGCCGGAAUCAAGUUCACGGAUCUGCGAGGAACUGGCGUUUCCCUCCGCUCUCAAAAGAUGAAACUCCCGGCCAACGUGGGUCAAAAGAAGGCCAAAGCCCUGGAGCAGGCCCUGCAAGAGUUCAAAGUGGAUCCCAGUCCGCCGCCGAUCGAGGAAAUAUGUGUCGCCUUCAAUGAGCUCCGAUCGGACAUGGUUCUGCUGUGUGAGCUGAGGACGGCACUGGCCACCUGCAACUUUGAGUUGGAGAGUCUGAAGCACCAGUACGAGGCUCUGUGUCCGGGAAAAACCCUGAAUAUUCCGGCUGCGUUGGUGAGUCCUCCGCUGGACGAUUCUGGGACGGGUGAGCUCGAUGUGUCUGGAUUAGUUUAAGGUAAGCCUAUGGAAGUUUUCUUUACAUGCUUAAAAAAUAAGUCGACUGCUUGUAUGUGUCAAAGAA